AUGUUGCCGCACACUCCCAAUGGAUCAGACGAGCUUGGCGGGCUGCUGCAACAGCACCUGAGUGAACUGGACGACAGCCUGGCAAACCUGACCAGGUCUUAUGGCAGCGUGCAGGAUGUCGGUGUUGAGCCAUCCGUGUCCGUGCCUGGCACUGACGCACUUUUGAGUGCCAGGCCUGUGCCCCAUUGCAUCAAGGAGAGUCUUCCGCCUCCAUCCUCUCCGCCCUCUGCUCCUGAGCUGCCCAAGAUGGCCAUCAGGCUCAUGGAGAAUUCUGGUCCUGCUUUCGACGUGGAGCAGAUACCGAGUGCGUGCGCUGAAACACUCGAAACGCUGGUUGAUGCACGCCCAGCUCAUGACCCUGGUCUGCUUGAAGUUUUGUUUCAGGGCAUUGAGACCAAGAAGCUGAGCACUGACGAAGCAUUGACCAGCCUCGAACGAGCAUGCCGAACAGAAAGGGCAGAAGUUGUUCAGCCUGAGAAGAGCGAGUGCCAGAAAGAAGCAAGUUCAGCACCCAGCGAAAGACCCUAUACACGUUGUCGGCAGUGUGGGGUUCUGGGCUUGCAAGUGCGUGCCUUGGCACAGUCCCUGUCCGGCCUUGCCGCACGCACUGUCCAAUGGUCAGCGGGUUUGUCACACAGGCGUCAACAGGAUCUGGUCGACAUGGUUCUUUGUUACCUCAGACCCCUGGAGCACCUAGAUGAACGUUUGGAGACACUCUGUUGCGAACUGGCAAGCGCCCCGUGGCUGGCAGACACCCCCCCUCCAAGUUCGAUUCACCCACCAGCAUCCCUGCGCAUACCGACGGAGGCGUCCUUGGGCAGUGUUGGUGCUCGUGAACAUUGGCAAGCUGAAGCAGGCAAGGAUGCUGAUUUGGGUACAGGGCAAGUAGAGACUCUCUAA